GGCUCAGAUGCUUGUGCUCAGUGUGUCCACUUCAGGGAUGGGCCACACUGUGUGAAUAGCUGCCCCCAUGGCCUCCUGGGUGCCAAAGGACCCAUAUUCAAGUACUCUGAUGCCCAUGGAGAGUGUCUACCUUGCCAUGAGAACUGCACUCAAGGGUGUAAGGGACCAGAGCUCCAUGACUGUUUUGGUCAACCACAGGGCUUCAGCAGUAAGACCCAUGUGGCUGUGGGCCUGGCUGUGGUGGCAGGACUGGUGGUAAUUACCUUGGUCUUACUGCUUGCCUUACUCUACUGGAGAGGGCGAAAGAUUCAAAAUAAGCGAGCGAUGAGACGCUACCUGGAACGGGGUGAGAGCUUGGAGCCUUUGGACCCUGGGGAGAAGGCCAACAAGGUCUUAGCCCGAAUAUUCAAGGAAACAGAGCUGAGAAAACUCAAAGUGCUUGGCUCAGGUGUCUUUGGAACUGUGCACAAGGGCAUAUGGAUCCCAGAGGGCGAGUCUAUCAAGAUCCCAGUCUGCAUUAAGGUCAUUGAAGACAGGAGUGGUCGGCAAAGUUUCCAGGCUGUGACUGAUCACAUGCUAGCCAUUGGCAGCUUAGAUCACACCCACAUUGUUCGGCUGCUGGGGCUAUGCCCAGGGUCAUCGCUGCAGCUGGUCACCCAAUUUCUGCCACUGGGAUCACUGUUAGACCACGUACGACAACAUCGAGGGGCUCUGGGACCUCAGCUACUGCUCAACUGGGGUGUGCAGAUCGCCAAGGGCAUGUACUACCUGGAGGAACACGGCAUGGUGCACAGAAAUCUGGCUGCCCGCAAUGUGCUGCUCAAGUCUCCAAGUCAAGUGCAGGUGGCCGACUUUGGGGUGGCAGACCUGUUACCCCCUGAUGAUAAACAACUUCUGCACAGUGAAGCUAAGACCCCAAUCAAGUGGAUGGCCCUGGAGAGUAUCCAUUUUGGAAAAUACACACACCAGAGUGACGUCUGGAGUUACGGUGUGACAAUAUGGGAACUGAUGACAUUUGGGGACAUACCCUAUAAAGGGCUUCGACUGACUGAGGUGCCUGACCUGCUGGAGAAGGGAGAGCGUCUUGCACAGCCACAGAUUUGCACAAUUGAUGUCUACAUGGUCAUGGUUAAGUGCUGGAUGAUUGAUGAGAACAUACGACCAACAUUCAAAGAACUGGCUAAUGAAUUCACCCGAAUGGCACGAGAUCCACCACGCUAUCUGGUCAUCAAGAGAGAUAGUGGUUCUGGCCUGCCUCCUGGUUUGGAGCCACCUGCUCUUACUGACAAAGAACUGGAGGAUGUAGAGACACUGGAGCCAGAGCUGGAGCUGGAAUUGGAGCUGGAGGAGGAGGAAGAACUGGCCACCACACUAGGCUCUGCCCUCAGCUUGCCCCUUGGCACACUGUCUCGACCCCGUGGGAGUCAGAACUUUCUGAGUCCUUCCUCUGGAUAUAUGCCAAUGAAUCAGAGCAACCUUGGAGGCACUAGACAGAGUUCUAUGAUUCGUGGGAGUGGUGAACGAUGCCCUUGCCCAGCCUCUCUACACCAGAACUCACGAGGCCGACUUGCAUCAGAAUCGUCAGAAGGCCGAGGGACAAGCUCUGAGGCUGAGCUCCAAGAGGCAGAAUCUGUAUGUGGAAGCAGGAGCCGAAGCCGGAGCCCUCGGCCUCGAGGGGACAGUGCCUAUCAUUCCCAACGCCACAGCCUCCUCACCCCACUCACUCCACUCACCCCACCAGGACUAGAGGAAGAGGAUGUCAAUGGUUAUGUUAUGCCUGACACACAUACCAAAGGUAUUCCCUCUUCCCGGGAUGGCACACUGUCAUCGUCUGUGGGCCUCAGUUCCCUUCUGGGCACAGAAGAAGAAGAGGAAGAAGAUGAGGAGUAUGAAUAUAUGAAUCGGAGAAGAAAGCAGAGUCUGCCAAGACCCCCAAGGCCGGGAUCCCUGGAAGAGUUGGGCUAUGAGUACAUGGAUGUGGGAUCAGACCUCAGUGCUUCCUUAGGCAGUACCCACAGCUGCCCACUCCAUCCUGUGCCUAUCCUGCCUGCUACAGGAACUACUCCUGAUGAAGAUUAUGAAUAUAUGAAUCGUCGACAUGGUGGAGGAACUCAGGGAGGGGAUUAUGCAGCCAUGGGAGGUUGCCCAGCAGCAGAGCAAGGGUAUGAGGAAAUGGGGUCAUUCCAGGGCACUGGGCACCAUGUCCCUUGCAUCCAUGAUGCCCGCCUCAAGCCCCUACGAAGCCUAGAGGCCACUCACUCUGCUUUUGACAACCCUGACUACUGGCACAGUCGACUUUUCUCCAAGGCUAGUGCUCAGGGGACAUAACACUUCCUCCUUGGGACAUUGUGGGGGCUUUUUAUGGCAGCUGGCACCUCUAGAGGGCACCCCUCUUUUACUACCCUUUCAGUGCUAUCUCCCAGUGUUCCCUCUAUCCUUAGGCUCUCCUCUCAAUCCCUGGAGGUUAUCUUGAUUCACUCCUACUUGGUGUGGGGGGGGUGCUUUUAAAUACCACCCCACCUCACCCCCAACAAAAUGUAUGUAGUGUUAUCAAUUCUGCACUUUCUUCUCUAGCUCCUCCAAAAGAUCUGGUGAGAGUUGGGAGGGUUUCCUUUAUGCUAUGUGCCAUCCCCACCUCUAUGCUACCCAGAUACCUUAGGGGGAAUCCCUGGAGAUAUGAAGAAUUAAUUCCUGUGUCAUUUUUGCUGUUCAAGUAUUCCAGUUAGUAUUUCUGGCUCUUAAGAAAACCUCUAUAUAAAGUCUAGCUAUUUGGUAGGGAAUGGGACAAUUUAUUUCCUACCUACCCACACAAAGGCUGGAGCUGGACCAGCUGCUUACUACCUCCCCUAGUCAACAGAGCUCAAAGGAUGGAAAGAGGAAGGAGGUAAAGAAAACCAUAAAGACAGGGCCCUUGGAAGUAAUUUCUUUUUUUAAAGUUUACCAUCACUGACCAAAGUACUCACACAUACAUAAAGCUGGAGCAGCAGAGAAGACUGGAUGAGAGGGGGAAAAAAAAAAAAAAACCUCCUACCAUUCACAUUUAUACUUAACCACACUUCUGUGCAUGUAAAAAAACUACCUUCAUAUAAUCCAAGGGCUUCCUACUAUCCCAAAGCAGAUUCACCAGAGUCCCUAAAAGCAAUUUUCCUGGACCAUGCCCAGUCCAGUGAUAGUGAGGGACCUCCAGUUGGUAUGGUAGGAGGGUCCAAAUUCCCCAAUACCCAUCUCUUUUUGGGGGAAUGGGAGUGGGGUGGAGAAUCUCAGGUGUGUCACUGAAGGAGCUGUAUUUUUGUUUUGUUUUGUUUUUAUACGUGUUGGAAUAAAAAUGUCAAAAGUUU